AAGCCUUGUGGCGUCGUCUACGCAGGCGCGCCGUUCAGCGAGAUUCUCAACACAAGUGUGCACAUUUUGACUGAAAGAGAUUUAUCAUCUCUCUUAUCAUUUAGAGACCUAAAAUGCCACCAAAAGCAAAGGGUGGCAAGGGAGGAAAAGGUUAGUGAGCCUACAUUUGUCUGCAGAUCAUUAUAAAAACAAAUGUUUGCGUAAAGAUUGAAACGUUUGAUGUCAUGUAUUCAGUUCCUCCAAGGUACCAGGACUACACUGUUCGAUUCAGUGUUAUUGUAUGUCGCUGUGUUUCAGUUGUGUAACCUGCUGUCAUAGUAAUGAACUCUGUCGCUGUGUAGGAGCUGCUUCAGGAAGUGCUGACGGUGAUAAGAAAGAAAAGGCACCCAAGGGAGGCACUGCUGUGAAGGUAGCUACUGAAUAUGAACAUCUGCGGGGACACUUGGCCUGGUCUGUCAGAAAUGUGUCACCCUUCAUCCCUUUCCACCACAAAGCCAUUUUUGAAUGGGGUAGGUUAGAAGAGAUAGUGCCGCACCGUGCUGUUGAGGUGGGACUAUAGUGCUCACUGCAACAUCACUGAUGAGUAAUAGAAUAGGUGGUGAGUCUGCUGUCACUGUUAAAUGAUCUACUCCUGGGUUUUUUCCACUUUUGCCAUACAUGUCAUAUCUCUAACAUCUGUCGCUUUGAUAAACAGAGAAAGCGUGCAUUUGAUCUGACAGUUAGAUUAGUAAGGGUUUUUGACUUGAAGAGGUUUUAGGAAUUUGUGAUAUCCAUCCCUGUACAUACAGUGAUUUAAGGUAAAUAUUGUUUUACUCCAGCUAGGAUUUGUCCCUUUAAAGGGAUAUUACGGCGUACAAUUAAUUUAGGGUCAAACACACCGUAACACCGAAUUAGACACCCCCUCGAGAGAUUAAUGUUGCCGACCGCUUGCUUAUCUAGUUAUACCAACUUUAAUAACGACUGCAGGAUAGCAAUACACAGCGGAGGAGGAGCCAUAAACAAACCUCAACCAAAACGCCACUCUAUAGCCACAACUAAUGCUCAGAACAGCACCUAACUUCAUCAACAGUACAUAUAGGGUCUCAGCCACAGCAUUAGCCACCAAACAUCUUUUUAGCUUUGCCUGAUUUCUUUAGCAAAGACACUAAACACAACUCACCUACUCUUUCCAGCAGCUGUAUGUUUGUAGCGAGACCUCAGGCCAGUCCAUUACGGACUGCAGCGGGGUGACGCAGCUCAAAGAAGAACAUUUAUGAUCAUUUCUUAAUCAUUUCCUUGAAGUAAUAAUCACCAUAUUAAUAAUUUUGCACUGCAGAUGCUGUAGUUCUUCUGCCUUAGCGUCUCAGUCUAAUUGCAUUUCCAUGUAGUAAUGAUCAUAAAUGUUCUUCCUUGAGCUGCGUCACCCCACAGCAGUCUGUAAUGGACUGGCCUGAGGUCUCGCUACAAACGAGCAGCUGCUGGAGGAAAGUGGGUAAGUUGUGUGCAGUCUCUCUGUGUUUGAUCCUAAAUUAAUUUUACACUGGACUAUCCCUUUAAUUGUAACUAUGCUUUGAUGACUUGUUCAAUUUUAUUACAGGUUCGGCAUAUCCUCUGUGAAAAACAUGGAAAAUGCAUGGAGGCAAUGGAGAAACUAAAAGCCGGUGUCCGUUUCAGUGAAGUGGCUACGCAGUACAGUGAAGACAAAGCUAGACAAGGCGUAAGACCAUGCACUUCUGAUGAUAUGCUCUGGUUCGAGCCCUUCUUUAACAGACUGCACUACUCUAUUUUAAUGCUGGAUGCUCCUCUAGCUGUAUUACAGAGAAAUGGAAAAUGUUUUAAGUGUAUAUCAAACUUUUACACCAUGUACAGCAUCUGUCCUUCAUCUGUCCUGUCCUUCACAUACACACAGAGAGUCAGGUCAAAUCAUGGCUGCACAGUCUCUUGUUCGUACAGUAUUGUUAAGAGCAACUCUCUAAGGUAAAAGCUGCAGAUGGUAAACUUAUGUGAAAUUUCCUUUUAAGACUGUAUAAUGACCUGAGGGGAAAAACACUGUAACUUUUAUGAUGCCAGGGCCUUAACCUCAGAGUAGGUGUUCAUUGAUGGUAGAUUUCCGAUUUACUGUUUGUAUCAUAACUCUUUACACUCCCACACAAAAUGAGGCUGAGCAUAUCUCUUCUUUGUCACUGACUCAGUACAAAUUCACUUGCUAAUUCCCCACCAACACCUACACUAGAGUACUGUCAGCCACUAGUAAGAUUUGGCCAUUAGCUGGACACACUAUGGAAAUAUUUCAGUUUUAUGAAUCAUUACUGCUAAACACGGCUUUUUUUAUCACUCCUUAUCUGGAGCAGUAAAAAUAAGAAUUUCAAGUCUUGUUCAUUUUCCUGUUCCAAAAACUCUCUCAUAUUUUUAUGGCUUGUCUGUUGAUGACAGGGGGAUCUGGGGUGGAUGACACGAGGAUCGAUGGUUGGACCUUUCCAGGAUGCUGCAUUUGCCUUACCCACCAGUUCCAUGGACAAACCUGUAUACACGGACCCUCCAGUCAAGACAAAGUUUGGGUACCACAUCAUUAUGGUAGAGGGGAAAAAGUGAUAAGAGAUGGCUCAAUGUUGGAACUGGGGAGAUGUAAAAAGUGUGAACUGAUUAUUUCCUUAUCGUGCUGUUUCACUGCGGUGUUGGGUUGUUAAUUUGACAUGUGAUAGUGUAGUUAAAUCCGUCAGCUUUUUCUUCUGGUAAACACAUACUAAAGUGAUGACAAUGCAGCAUAGGGUUGGAUUCUGAUAAGUAACUGCUUAUAAGUUGAUGAAGUUUACAGUUCAAUCUUUUUGAAAGGAGAAAAUCAAAUGACAAAUAAAGUGUUUUCAUCAAGGUUUUCAAGACAAGUUUUUGUGUGUAAAAACAUUAUUGUACACUGAGCCCUGGCUUAAUUUGAAAAAAAUUCUGCAUUAUCAUAAAAUGGACAGAAAGUGUUAAUUCUGGGUGAUAUCUAUUUUUUUUUUUAUUUCAGAGAUGUCACUUGAAGCUUCUAGUUAAUCAUUCAGCAUUAUAAAAAUAAACACAAAUUGCUGUCUGUGAUUAAUCAAUAAAAUAUUAAUAAUCCAGAAAAGAUUCUUAAGAAUGAUAUCACGAUCCAGCAAAAACGAACCUUCUGCACCUCUCUUUUCUAAAUACUCCAUCUUACCGAUUGACAAACUCAAUGUCUUUCACUCUUGUAUGUAUGUCCACAAGUUCAUCAAUAACAAACAAGCCUUUCCUGAAACUUUCCGAAACUUUUUUACCUUUUCAUCCGACCUUCACUCGUACUCAACAAGACAAAAUGGCCAUCAUCAGUUACCUUCAUGUCAAACUUACAGUCAUCAGUCUUACAUCACUUUUAGAGGUCUGAAACUGUGGAACAAUCUGGAUGCAUCUCUAAAAUCAAUAUCAUCCCUCAACGACUUUAAAAUAUUAAAAUCUCAUCUUAUCAUGUCUUAAAUACAUCAUUAUUUGUUAUGAUCAUGUUUCUUUCCUUUCUAUGAAUACUUAUAUUGUCUUUAUCACUGUUUCAUGAUUAGUCUGUGUUCCAUUUAUGGCAAUUUGUAUCUGUUUGACCUUUCCCUAAUCAUUGUAUAUUUGUAACCUGUCUAUGUCCUAGUUACUUUGUCAUCUGCACCUUAUGCUUUCUCUGCCCUGACAGAAGUGGAAUUUUAGCCUAUUGGCUUCGUUCCCUCCUUGCACUGUCUUUAAUCUGUGCUAAAUGAAUAAAUACAAAUACAAAUACAAAUUAACGCACAAUGACACACAACUCUUUUAGUUCUUGUUAACAAAACAAAGGAUCUGUUCUAAAUUAAAGUUUACCAGAGCACCAUUUGUAUGAGUUUGAUCACUGAAUUGGAAUUUUGAUAUUUUCCUCAACAGUUUGAUAUCUUCUACCCACGUCACUGUUAUGCAAGACAAGAAUAAUAAUAAAAUUCCCACAACGGAUAAAAAGA